GCAAACGAUGAUUCUGUUAUGUUCAUUGUUGUUUUCUUAUUGUGGUGUAUCAACUUGUAUUCAGAUUUGUAAAGGACAUGACGAAAAAACAAAAUGUUGCUUGGGAUAUGUUUGGAAUGAGACUCUUAGAAGUUGUUCAGCCUGCAAUGAUGGUUAUAUAGGGGAAAACUGUAGAACAACUUGUCCUGAACUGUACUAUGGUCGGGAAUGUCGACUUAAAUGCAACUGUACCAAAGAUCAAUGCAAUCAUAUAGCAGGAUGUUCAAAGUUUGCAUCAGAAGAUAAUACAUCCACUACCCUUUUGGCAGAACAAAACCCUUGCACAAGGAAGAAAACAGAAGCACUUGGUAAUCCAUCGUUACUACUUGGCAUGUACUAUGCUGUUGUUAGUCUUGUGAUUUUGUCAGCUGUUAUGAUCGUAUUAUAUAUAGCUUUGUUUAUAUUCGCUAAACGUUGAACGCCAACAUUGAUUAUUUUCACACGAAAAUUAAAAUUAUUGGAAUAAACAAU